AUGGCCUACCAGGGUCGUACGGGCAUCGCAGCUCAACAGAGAGAAGCAGGAGGCACUCAGGCUGCAACGCAACUCUACGCGGCUGUCUUGCAUCUCAAGGAUCGCAACGGACCCGUCAGACUCGAAGACCUCAUCGACUACACCUCUGCCCAUCUGCUCGGCCAACCAGGCGCCGAGCAGGAGGGCGGUCUCCUCCGAGCAUUGCGCCAACACGAGCGCGUCGAGUACGACCCAAGGACAGAUCUCUAUAGUUGGAGGCCACUCCAUCGCAUCACGACUACCGCAGACUUGUACAGAAUCGUCAAGACAGAGGGCGAGAAAGGAGGCAUCAAGGUCUCGUUGCUCAAAGAAAGCUGUCCGACUGUCGAACAGCACAUCAGAACGCUCGAGCAGGACGGCAAGAUCAUCGUCACUCGCGGCGAAAGCAAAGAAUUCGGUAAAGAAGGACCCAUGCGCAUGGUCUUUCCGGACGAGAUUGGUCAGAAGAUCCUUAUCGAUCCUGACUUUCGUAAGCUCUGGGAGGAGAUCAAGACGCCCGGCGAGCUCGACUUGCCUAGCGAGAUGCGGGAGGCCGGGCUCAUGGCCGCCAAGAAAGCAAGCAUUCUGGACCCCAUCGACCGCACUACGGCUCAGAACAAAAAGUCAAAACGGGGUGCUCGUGUGAAGAUCACAAACAAGCAUCUCAAGAGCUUGGGGAUUGAUCUCUCGAAGGAUUACGCUCCAAGCCCGAGCAAGUCAUGAAAUGGAAGCUGUUGUUGUUGUCGAAGAUUUACAUGCAAUCCCCGGAUCCUAUACUGGCAAGCAUGCAAUCGCCCAGAAUCUGCUCCAUUCCCAGCUUGUUUAGUCGGCCAUGACGAUAUCGUUGACUUGGAGUCUCUCCCCCGAAUGAUGGGUUUCUGCCUGAUCUCGACUGCGACGACUGCCGGUCUCGCUGACAGCGCGCGAGGAGAGCUCGGGAUGUCCGAUCUUGAUGAGCUUGCCAUCGUAAGCUCCUUCGCGGUAGCCUUCGACGAUCCGUUGCAAAAGCUCCGAGGUGGACACGCCCUGAGUCCUCCGUGUCGGCAAAAACUUACCUGGAAUAACACAGAAUGAGUGUGAACGGCAUAGCAGUCCAACAUUGGCAGACCUUGAUCCUUGACGAAGGAGUA